AGUGUUUCUCGACCGCAACAAAGAUGGCAGCACGCAGGUGCCUCUCCUCGGUUCUGCUGUUCAUUCUUUGUACCUUUUCUGUGUUUACUAUCACACGGUGUCAAGAAACGACACUAGCGGGUGUUAAUGGUGCAGCUGCGGGCGACAGUUCACCAGCAGACACCGAAGCAGCGGAGCAAACGGUGGAGCAGACACGCUGGGAAGCGACCGAAGAUACAGAGGCGAUUCCGGAUGAGGCUGCCGCCGACAAACAGGACAGUGCUGCUCCUGAAACCGUGGCCCCCUCAUCCACGCCACCGCCUAAAGACGAUUUUCAGGAGGAGCUCGUCAUCAGACCGCUGCACUCAGGAGAUAUUUAUGCCAGCUUCCAGUUCCGCACCCUGUGGCAAACUGACUUCACGAGAGAAAACAAAGUCUCCCACUAUGGAUUGUUUCCCAAGUCUUUGGGUCAGAUCAUCUCCAAGUUCUCAGUGCGAGAGCUGCACAUCUCCUUCACGCAGGGCUACUGGAGGACCAUGCAGUGGGGGCAGCCCUUCCAGCCGUCUCCUCCUGGUGCUGAACUCUGGGUGUGGUUCCAGGACUCUGUGACUGAUGUGGAUGGGACAUGGAAGGAGCUGACGAAUGUUUUAUCUGGUAUUUUCUGCGCUUCGCUCAACUUCAUUGACUCCACCAAUACUGUCCAGCCCAGUGCCUCCUUCAAACCUCUGGGCAUUGCCAACGUGACAGACCAUCAAUUCCUCCGCUAUGCCACGCUCCCACGAGAGAUUGUUUGCACGGAGAAUCUGACACCCUGGAAGAAACUCCUUCCGUGUGGAACCAAGGCUGGACUUGCUGUCCUGCUGAAGUCAGAGAAACUCUUCCACAGCAGUUUUUAUUCCCAGGCAGUGCACAUCAGACCUGUGUGUGAAGACUGGCAGUGCAAAACGACAUCUUGGGAGCUCCGACAGACACUGAAUGUGGUUUUUGACCUGCACACUUCUGGACAGGGCAAACGAGAGUGGUCUCUGUUCAAGAUGUUUUCUCGGACCCUGACAGAAGCUUGUCCUCUGGCUUCCACCAGUAAAAUCUAUAUCGACGUCACAGACAACCCUCAGGGGGAGCAGUUUGAGCUCAGCCCGGUCACUGCCUUGCUGACCCAAGCUGUGGUGCUGGGGGACAGACGGACCUACUCUGUCUAUGACCUGACCCAACAGAUCACUUUUGGCUCUGUGCGCUCCCUCAACCUGCUGAUCCGCUGGAAAUCCAGUGAGGGGGACAUGCUGCGACCUAUGCUCCAUGCUGAGCGUUAUGUGGCUGGUUACGGGCUGCAGACUGGAGAGAUUCACACACUCAUGUACAACAACCACCCGUACCGGUCUUUCCCUGUGCUGCUGCUGGAUUCAGUGCCGUGGUAUCUUCGCCUCUACAUCCACACCCUCACCGUCACCAGCAAGGGAAAGGACAACAAGCCCAGCUACAUCCACUACCAGCCAUCUAAGGACCGAUUGAGGCCCCAUCUGCUGGAGAUGCUGGUCCAACUUCCUCCCAACUCUGUCACCGAGGUCACUGUGGAGUUUGAGCGGGCUCUGCUCAAAUGGACUGAAUACACCCCUGAUCCCAACCAUGGCUUUUAUGUUGGGUCAUCAGUAAUCAGUGCUCUUGUACCAAGUAUUGUUGCCAUGGAUACAAACAGAACCUGGGAAAGUCCACUUUUUAGCAGCUUUUUUCCUUGUAAAGAGGAGUCCAGCUACUUUGUGCGCAUCUACACAGAACCUCUGCUGGUCAACCUGCCAACGCCAGACUUCAGCAUGCCUUAUAAUGUCAUCUGUCUGACAUGCACCGUGGUGGCCGUGGGUUAUGGCUCUCUCUACAACCUACUGACCCGCAGCUUUCAGAUAGAAGAGCCCAGCCCAGGGUUGGCCAAGCGGUUAGCCAACAUCAUCCGCAAGAUGAGGGGCGUGCCGCCACUUUGAGGCUGGAUACUGAUGCCAACUGGCUCUGCUUUUGGAAAGGAACAUUUCCUCUGGGCAAAAACCACUGGUAAAGCACUGACAUGAAUGUUGACUCUAUGAAGCUCUAACUUCAAGUUUUGGUUUUUGAAUGGAAGAGGGUGAAUAACUCUUUUGAACAUAACAAAAAGGUUGUGCAGGACAAUUAUUUAUUUGGAGCCUUUUUUUUAUUGUUUAACCAGUUGAGGUAACCAAAACAGUUUUUUUGUUUUUGUUUUUGUGAUUGUCACUGGAAACACUGAGAACUAUCUCCUUUGCUUUCCUACUACACUCCUGACCCGCCGAUUGUCAUCUCACUGUGAGGAUAAAUAUUGAAUUGAAAUAAUAUAAAUAUAAAGUCAGAAAUCACUCCCAUUAUGUUAAAUCAUCAUGGCAUGAAAUCACCACUGUCAACUAAAAUCAUGAAGGAUUAAAUCAUUAAUCUAUGUAGAGCUCCCGGUGUGGUCAUAUGAUGUGACACAUGCUCAGUAGUAGUUUUUAUUAAAAAUAAAAUUAAAUAUGCCCUCAAAAACACUGAAACAUUGCUGUGCAACAACAUUAUUUAUCUUGAACUCAAAACAGCUUUCUCAACAAAUGUUUUUUGAACACAUUAUUGGAUGCAUGCGCGACUAAUGACAUUGUGUGUGGCUCAUGAACUGUAAUUGCCUUUAAUUUGUAACUUCUUCCCUCAAGUGAUUGUGUCGGUUAAACCCGCAGUGAAGAAGUACAUGUUCAAAGUGAAACUUUGUGUGUGGCAAAACUGAAACACUCUUUAUCGCCUUUUAAUAAAUCAACAUUUUUUUUUGGA